AUGCACACAUUAACCGGCCACAGUGGGAAGGUGAUGGCAGCGAAAUUCCUCGGCGAGCCCACCAAAGUCAUCACGGGCAGCCACGACCGAACGCUCAAAAUAUGGGACCUCAGAAGUACGGAAACAAAAUUUGCGGGUUCAUCAUGUAACGACUUAGUGACGUCAGACGGUGCGGGCUCCACCAUCAUAUCUGGCCACUAUGACAAGAGGAUUCGUUUCUGGGACAUCCGCUCAGAUGUCUCGGCCAACGACAUCAUGCUCCAGGGCAGGAUCACAUCGCUUGACCUCAGCAGAGACAGUAACUAUUUACUAGCGUGCGUGCGGGACGACACAAUACAACUAAUAGACCUGAGGAUGAACACGAUUGUGCGCUCUUUCAGUCACGAGUCUUUCAAGGUGGGGUGCGACUGGUCGCGGGCAGCGUUCGGGCCGGGCGGGCGGCUGCUGUCGGUAGGCGGAGGCGAUGGCGCAGUGUACGUUUGGAACACGUACUCGGGCAGGCUAGAAGCAAUACUCAAGGACCAUACUUCGAACCUGAUUAGUGCACGCGAGAUCAUGACUCUAAAGUACUUAACUUAUGCCGACUGUACACACUCGCCGAGGCACCCUGGGACAGGUCGAGACCAACCGGUGCUCUCGUCUCGGCCUCUCGCGCCUCGUUUCUAUGGUGGACAUAACGAGUACGCUACGCCGAUGUUUCCGCGUGUGUACAAUAGAGCACGGCGACGGCUACGGCCGAUGUCGGCCGCCGGCCGGCUGUGCCAUAAAGCCAUGAGAACGCUUCACAAAUCGGCUGUAGCAGCGGUGUCGUGGCACCCACAGUCCGGUUUACUCGCAUCAGUGGACCGGGGCAAGCGGGCUGUCAUAUGGGGGGACUUGUGA